AUGAAGUGCUGUACUUUCCGGCGGCUGGCAGUGGCGGUUGUUCUGGCCUUGGUUGUUGGCCGGGCCACGGCAGGGACGGAGGUUAAGUGCGACGACGCUGUGGCGCAGUUGCAGCCAUGCGGCGCCUUUUUGAAGAGUACGGCUGCUAGACCUAACGCCGCGCCGCCUGUUGCCGUGCGAUCGCUGGACAAGCUGGCGAAGUCGUCGCCGAGAUCCCGUAAGAUUUUGUGCGAGUGUUUCAAGGAAACCGCCAGUUCUUUCCCUGUCAACUUGGUCAGAGCCGCGAAACUCCCUAAGCUCUGCAAUGUGACCAGUAGCAUAAGACUUGACCCUAAUCUUCACUGCAACAAGUUAUCAAUCUGA